AUGCAUGCUCCCGUAGCGAGGGCAGAAUUCGUAGAGUUGCCGAAUAAUGUGAGCACCCAGGGGACUGGGGAACGAGUUUUCGUCAAAUUGCGUAAAGCGAUGAACGGAUUGCGCUCUGCUCCAUUAUCUUGGUAUUGCGAGUUGGCUGAAUACUUGCGGAAAGGUUUGACGAUUGUGUUGUUUUAUGUGGAUGACUUGCUGAUCUAUAGUGAAGAUGAAGCUGAGGGGCGCCGGUUCUAUGAGGAGUUGCGUAAGAGAUACAAACUGAAACUUACGGGCGAGUUGCUUCAAGAUUGGCCCGGGGAAUUGCUGAAGAAAGGCCAGACUGAGCUGAUCAGUCCAGCUGCUCACGAAAGGUACAGAAGGACUCUGGGCCGUUUGGCCUGGGCGGCUCUGUCACGACCAGACCUGCAGUUUGUGUGUGGGUUUCUGGGCCGCCACCAAGCAGCUCCUGACGAGGCUGCCGAGACCUGUAUGAGGGAUGUCCUUCGUUGGGUCAAGGGUCUUCCGCACAAGGUCCAGAGGUUUCCGAGCAAAAGGGAGAUCUUGGAAGAUGAUGCGGACCCUGCCUCUCUGGAGUCUGAAUUCGGUAAGCGGCGGGAUCAUCACGUGGGAGAACUGUUCCCUGAAAAGCUUCAGCAGGAAACAAACGACUACCGCACUCCAGUUGCUCGUGAAGGGUUGUACAUUGCUUUGCUUGUGGAGACCAUCCGCGAGGGUAUGCCGAAAGACAGGGAAACCGGUUAUUAUGUUCUUAAGGGAUAUUCUGAUUCCGAAUCGGCGGUUUGUAUAUCGAAGAUGCAGACCCUCCUGAGGAAAGUGAGGCACAUCGAACUGCGUGCCGCAUUCCUUCAGGAGCUGGUGGCCAGGGGUCGUUUUACCAUAGAACACAUACCGGGAGUGAUAAACCCUGCGGACGCCCUCACGAAGAGCCCCACCAACGAAAGUUUGUCUAGCUUGUACGAUGCCUCUGGCCUUGUAGAUGAACCGAAGGCCUGGGAGAGUGAGCCUACUGAGGUGCACGUGUCUUUUGAAGAGCCCAAUGAAAACGAACGUUUUACUCCGUCUGUUCCGCCUUCCUGGAAAGCCGCUGCUUUGAAGCUAGCUCGUGGUGAAGCUAAGUACGUAGUGGUUGAACUGUGUUGUGAAGAAGGAAGUGCGUUGUCCAAAGCCUGCUCGAAGGUCCCCGAGAUCGCCUACUUUGGGGUGACUAAGGAAGUUGAUCUUCUGAGCUAUAAUGGCUUGUGUCUUCUGAGAGAGGUUUUCGGAGUCGUAGCUGAGGGUGAGGUUAAGGUAUAUGCUCACUUGUCUACUCCGUGCUCUGCUGGGUGUGGUUUAAGGCACCUGAGGUUUAAGAAGGGAGGAAAGGCCCUGGAGAAGUGGAGAGCGGCUCUGGCCGUUCACAAGAGGUCCUGGAAAAGGAUCGAGAAGCUGUUGGAGCCUUACGUGGGCUCCCCGAACCUUCUGCUUUCUCACGAGUGGCCUGAGAGGUCAGGACUGUGGGAUGAGACUGUGUUUAAGAGGGUUUCUAAGAAGCUUCGUUUGGAUCAGGGUUGCCUUGUGGAUCGUUGUUGCUUUGAAAAGGGUGACCAACGACCUUGGAAAAGAUGGUGGUUUGUGUCUAACCGCACAGAGUUUGUGUGGGGACUUUCGUCUCAGUGCUCUGAGGGACACGGUCACUACUACCUUCCUCUUCCUGAAUCAGGUGUGUAUCCAGAGGGUUUAGGAUUCGCUCUCCUGAAGAACGCGAAGAAGACUUUUGAGGAGAAGUGA